AUGUUGACACAUCUGAGAGCCCGUAGCAGGAGUUUGUUCCACAGCUACAAGCCCGGCAGCCAGACUCAAGCCGUCAAAGAACCGUUCGACCAUCUGGACUUCACCUACACCUUUAAGCCAUGGAACUCCAUGCAGGAUCUGGGCAGAGACAUCUAUGAUCUUUAUGCUGAGUAUGAGGAUGAGGAGGAGGAGGAGGAGGAGGAGGAGGCUCGUUUCUCAGCAUCUCCCUCCCGCCUGUUGAUCUCUCCAACCAAACACUUCAUUCUCAACAUCAAUGUUGGAGGAACGGUUUACCAACUGCCCUACAGAUUAGCUGCCAGGUAUCCAAAAACACGGAUUGGCCGGUUGGCCACGUACACGGACCAUAGCAGGAAGUUGGACCUGUGUGAUGACUACAUCGUCCAGAGCAAUGAGUUCUUCUUUGAUCGAGAUCCCAAAAUCUUCCACAACAUCUUCAACUUCUACAGAACUGGAGUGCUGUGGAUUAAAGAUGAGCUGUGUCCCCGCAGUUUCCUGGAGGAGAUAAACUACUGGGGCGUCAGAAUCAAAAACAGCCAACGAUGCUGCCGCAUCUCCUUCGAAGAGAGGCAGGAUGAGCUGAAUGAGCAACUGAAAAUACAGAAGCAGCUGAUGGCAGAGGUGGAGAUGGAGGAGAACGAGGAGUUAUUUCACGGCAUGGCCUUCGGGCCGACCAGGAGGAAAAUCUGGAACCUGAUGGAGAAGCCGUUCUCCUCCAUCACCGCCAAGCUGAUGGGGGUCGCCUCCUCGGUCUUCGUGCUGGUCUCUCUGGUCGCCAUGACUCUCAACACCGUGGAAGAAUUGCAGUACAAAACGGCCUCAGGCCAGCUCAGUGGCAGAUUCUACGGAGAACACGUAGAGACAUUCUGCAUCGCCUUCUUCACCCUGGAGUACCUGCUGCGCCUGGCGUCCACCCCUGACCUCAAGCGUUUCGGGCGUAGCGUCCUGAACACAGUCGACCUGAUCGCCAUCCUGCCGCACUACCUGCAGAUGGUCCUGGAGUGUUUCGAGGACAAGGACAUGCACCUGCAUUCAGGGGACAUCGAGGCCGUGGCGCGUGUUGGAAAGGUGGGUCAGGUUCUGAGGAUCAUGCGUCUGAUGCGAAUCUUCAGGAUUCUGAAGCUGGCUCGUCACUCGACGGGCCUCAGAGCCUUUGGCUUCACACUGAGACAGUGCUACCAGCAGGUGGGCUGUUUGCUUCUCUUCAUCGGCAUGGGCAUCUUCAUGUUUUCUGCCAUGGUGUACACUGUGGAGCAUGACGUCUACAACACAAACUUCACCUCCAUGCCACAUGCAUGGUGGUGGGCCGCUGUGAGUAUUUCCACGGUGGGCUACGGCGACAUGUUCCCAGAGACCAACCUGGGCCGCAUCUUUGCCUGCAUCUGCAUCUCCUUUGGCGUCAUCCUCAACGGCAUGCCCAUCUCGGUCCUCUACAACAAGUUCUCUGACUACUACACCAAGCUCAAGUCCCAGGAGUACACCGCUGUCACCAAGGCCCGCGGGAAGCUGCACUUUACCAGAAGGGCGGCGAAGAAGUUCUCCGAGUGCUGCGAGGAGGCCGUUCAGCCGAAGACUUCCCGGUUGCAGUGA